UGCUAAAAUUAGGGCUGUGCGGAGACAAAAAGGAAACAAAGAAUUGUAAAAUUAACAAAAGUACCCUAUUUCUAACACAAUGUUGGGAGAAAGGGCAGAAAUGCUUGAAUACAUCCAUGGAAAAAGAUUGAAAAUAAGUGAUUCAAAGAAUAAAAUUGCGGAUAUUAUGGUGCGACAGUGAGGAAAGGAGGAUCGAGGACCUACGAAGCGAUACAAGUCAAAAGAAGGAGGGUACUGAUUUGAAAAUUAGAAUAUUGAAGAAACAAAAAGAGCAUAAAUAUGGGACAAAAAGAAAAUACAAAUGGAAAGAAAGAGGAAGAGAGAAAUAGAGUGCCGUUACAAAGGUGACUUGCGACCUUCCAGCUGAACCGCGGGAAGGGCUGUUUCCAUCCCGUAAAUUUCCCGUCAGCGACUCUCUCAGCCCCAGCACUGCCCUCCAAGCCCUCGACUCGAGUGCACGGAAACCUUCCUGCAGAAGGCGGGCGGACACGUCUCCACGGCAGCGACAGCCGCAAGUAACCUCUGCUUUAGAGGCCGAGGUCCCAUGGCCUGACCAGCCCCCGAAACACAGAAGUAGUUCUGUUGGAGGAUGGAGGACUCCUUGGAUCCGUUGGGGGCGGACCCAAGCGAGCUGAAGAUGGCAGAGCUUCGAGCUGAGCUGCAGGCACGCGGGCUGGACCCAAAAGGCAACAGGCCGAUGCUGGUGGAGCGGCUGCGGGCUGCCCAGGAGGAGGAGUCAGCAGGUGAUUUAAGUGAUAAUGGAAAUUGGCUGGACCUGAAGUUAGAAGAGGGACCUAUUUGGAUUAAAGAAGAAGCUCUCGACAUGAAGGAGGAGCCCUUAGAGACUGAGGAGUCUGAAAUGACUGCCAGGCGGGGUGAGAAGAGGUCCCUUUCUCACUCUUGCCCUCCUGAGGCUGCCCAAGGGGCUAAAAUGCAAAGGCUUGAGGUGAAGAAUGAGCCUCAGUAUUGCGAAACAGUGGUUUCCACGGAUUGGACCGACCAGCAAGACACAGAGGAUGAAGAGGAGGAGGAGGAGGAGAGAAGUCAAGGCUGGGGCAAGGGGAGAUCCAGGAGCAACAAGAAGCAGAGUUCGCUUGUUAUCCUUGAGAAAGAGGUGGAGGCUCAGCUUAGUAAGUGGCUGGUUGAGAACCCCAUCCUCUACAGCAGAGGACACAAUAACUCUGUGAAGAAGGUCAUGCUGUUUGAGGAAAAGGCCAAAUCCCUCAAUCCCCCACUAACAGGUGAGCAACUCCGUCGCUGGUUUGACACAAUGCGGACCAGGUAUGGGAAGCUCACCAAUCCCAAGAGUGGAUCAUGGGCCCACCGUCUGCCCACUGACCGGGAUAAGUGGAUCAUGAGGCUGUUCUCCUUCCUGGACACUCACAUUGUGAGGCACAAGGGCAGGACCCGUGGUUGCAAGACUUCUGCUCCUGUCACCACCCAGCCACAGGAGGCUGCUGCUGAAGGUGCUGCACCGGAGGGUCCUACAGCCUCUGAGGACUCCAGGCCUUCUACCCGCAGGUCACUGCUCACUAGCGAGGAGGAGGACAUAGAGCAAGAACGUCCUCGCAAGUCCAAGGGCACCAAGUACUGGAGGGGCUCCACUAUUAGGGAGCAGUUGGAUGCUCUUCUGGAAAGGUUGGCAGCCCAGCAAGAAGAGACCAAGAGGGUAUCUGCCCAGCUCAUGCAGAAACUCCAGGCAAACGACCCAACCAUCACAGAGGAUGCUUGGCAGAAGUGGGCAGCAUUUAUUAUGUCUGAGGGCCGUGGGUUUGAGCCCCGUGGAGAUCGUCCCACCUCUGGUGAGGAAACAGACGAGGAUGGCCGCCCUCCACGUUCUUUCUCAUCAGGCCCCCCCUCAGCCCUCGAGGAGACACAGGCUUGCCGGGGGAAGAAGAGGCAGUACAUUUCUCCACCUGGGAGCUCCGAGGACACGACGCUGCUGGACAAGCUGGUACAGUCACACAAGGACGCCGCCGAAUGCAUCGAACGCCGCAUUCGUCGGACUGUGGACAGGGACGCAGAGUUCUGGAAGGUGGCCAUUACGGAUGGCCUGGCAACAAUGCUGCGCAACAUCGACAAAGACUUUGCUCCCGAGAUCUCUGUCGAGGUGGCAGAGAUGGUGUGCAGAUACACCAAGAAGACCAAGGAGCGAGAGGCUUCACGGCUUGGCGCCCAUGCGCCCACAGGUGCCAUGCCACUCACCCAUCCUGUUGUCCAGGGCACCCAGCAGGUGGGCAUGGGCAUCACAGCCACACCUUCCAGUACUCCAGCCCUGUCCACGGCCGCAACCACCUCGGCUAGCACGUCCACAAUACCAGUCCACCUCACACCUGACCAGUGGGCUGCCAUUAGCCAGGUGUUGCGGCAGUGUUCACAGCCACCCCCACAGCAGCAGCAGGGACCACAGCCACUCCCACAGCAGCAGCAGGGACAGCAGCAAUUGGAUGCAGUCCGUGGUCCAUUGACCUCCACAUCCCUCCACACAAGUUUUGCGUGGUCAGACCUGAAUUUGUCACAGUUGGUAUCCCAAUCUCCACUUAUGCCGCCCCCAGAAAAGGAAUAAUGUAUAGUUGUUACAAUAAAAUGUGUUAUGUAUGGA